UUAAACGGCGAUUUAUACAACUAAUUUAUCAUUGAUUCCCGCAAACCCAGCUUCAUACUUCGAUUGCCAAACAAUUCGGAUAUUUUGCGACAUUGCAGCAGACGAACUUUCAAAUUCUUGACAAAGUGUCUUCUUCCGUGGCGGAUGGAUUGGAAAUUAUAACAAAAUAAAGCGGAGCUUGAUACCAAGCUUUUGUGUAAUGGGCGUCGAAAAUAUGCGAUAAGUUUCAUUCUUUUCGCGUGAAACAGUUAAUUCAAGGCAUUUAUAAUAUUGUGAUGACAUAUUUUGAUAAUGGCUGGAAUUCUCUAGAUAGUAUUGUAGACUCAGUGCUAUAGACUCAUAUUUAUCGCGACUAUCUUGUGAAUUUCUUUGAGUGAUUGAAGUCAAGUUAUCCUGUGAGACUAUACACGGAUCUAUGUGAUAAAUAUUUUUUGUUUGUUACUUAUUUAUUGAAUAUUUGGUGCUUUUGUAUUUGAACAUUAUGUUAGACUACUGCUCAAGUUCUAGUUCUUCACCGCGGUACCAGUCACCGAGUCCAACAAUGACGUCAUUACCUUACAGUAUGGCAGAAAUGAUGUCGUCUGCUAAUAUGGCCGCCAAUAUGGCUGCCGCUGAAAGUCAAAGACAAUCUGCAUUUGUGCUAAGCAGUCCGCAACUGGCGGCUUUACAUAAUAUGACAGAAAUGAAGACUCCUAGAUCGUGUUCAAGCCCGCCAAAUCUACAGAGUCCCUAUUCAAACUAUUCACAAUCGUCGUUAAAACAGUUAAGUAUAGCCAUGUCACAAAGCGGCACUUCACAUCGUAUCUCAGACAUUUUGAAUCGUCCACUCGUGCAAAAUCCUCUCGGACUUCCGCAGUUGAAUGCAAGCAUGUACCUCAAUUCUCAAGCCGGAUUCAAACUCGCCGAGCUUCCAGGACGGGCACCAAUCUAUUGGCCUGGCAUGAUCGGGGGACCAAACUGGAGACCGUCUUCAGGGAAUAUGAUCAUAGACAAAGAUGGCAAGAAGAAACACACGAGGCCCACAUUUUCUGGGCAACAGAUUUUUGCCCUCGAGAAAACGUUCGAGCAGACGAAAUAUUUGGCGGGACCGGAAAGAGCGAGAUUAGCAUACGCACUGGGCAUGUCGGAAAGUCAGGUCAAGGUAUGGUUCCAAAACAGACGAACAAAAUGGCGGAAGAAGCAUGCGGCGGAAAUGGCGUCAGCAAAAAAGAAACAAGAAUUCGCAGAAUCAAUGGAUGAUGGUUCCGACCAGGAAGACGACAUAGCAGAUUGUUGAACUGAUAGAAUACAAACACACAGGGUACCAGUUAUACAAAAUGGCAUCUAUGUAUUAUUAGUACAUGGCUGAACCUCAUCUACAUAAUUCUUGACUAAAAACCGUCACCGUACCUUGCAGGAUCGGGAAUAUACGAAACAAAUGUCAAGUGAUAUUAAAAUAUAUAUCUGUGUUCUAAUGGUUUAUGAUCCAUUAAUGAUAUUAUUAUACAUUUGUAGAAGGAUUAUUUCCUCCUUAGAUGGAUAUACGUGUUAUAACAUUUUUCAAUAGGGACAGCUGUGUGACUAGUUUAUGUAACUUGUCCCUCGUGUCACUUAAACUGUCCUUGUGAAAUCCAUUAAAACUGUGAUUAAAACAUUAUUAUGUGUUACAAUUGGAAAAAACUGUGUGCUAUGAAAACUCAGAAUGAGACCAGAUCUUUAGAUCUAAUAAAUGGACUUCUUGGAAGCAGUGUUUUUGCUGACAUGGGUUACAAUGUCUAUAGAUUGCACGUAUUGCUGUAUAUUUCAGUAUAAAUGUUUAGAUUGCAUGUUUGUCUGUAUAGAUUUUGUUAUAAUAAAUUAUCAAAAGUAAUAAAAUAUGAACAUAAUUUUACGA